AUGUCCAGCCUUGGUGCCAAGCUGCCAGAGCCCAAGGAGACGGAGAGCAAUCCAGAGCCCGAACCUUCUGCCCAGGCUCCCCCAGCACCAGAGCCAACACAGGAACCAACAUCUGAACCAGAACCUAUGGAACCAGAGAGUGAAGAAAGUGAUCUGGAACUUGAUGAAGAUGGUGUGAUUGAACCAGACACGGAUGAGCCUCAAGAGAUGGGAGAUACCAGUCUAGAGGUUACAGAUGAAAUGCUAGAGGAAGCUAUCCAAAAGAAGUCUGAGGCAAUGGUUGCCAUGUCAGAUGGAAACUUGGAAGAAGCCGUCCAGCUUUUCACUCAAGCUAUUUUGCGCAAUCCACGUUCAGCUUUGUUCCAUGCCAAGAGAGCAAGCUGCUAUGUCCGUCUAAAGAAGCCCAAUGCAGCUAUCCGUGACUGUAACAAGGGACAAGAUCUUAACCCUGACUCUGCCCAGGUUUACAAGUGGAGGGGUAAAGCCCAUCGAAUGCUGGGCCAUUGGGAAGAGGCUUUUAAGGAUCUACAGAUGGCUUGCAAGCUGGACUUUGAUGAAUCAGCUUAUGAGAUGCUGAAAGAAGUAGAGCCAAAUGCCAAAAAGAUUGCAGAACAUAAGAGGAAGUAUGAGAGAAAACAAGAAGACAAAGAACUCAAGGCGAAAAAGGAAAGGAUCAGAUUGGCAAAAUUAGCCCAAGAGAAAGCAAGAAAGGAAGAUGAAGAGAGAAGAAAGCAAGAAGCUGAAUCAGGAUUCCCUGGUGGUUUUCCUGGUGGGUUUCCAGGGGGUAUGCCUGGUGGCUUCCCGGGGGGAUUCCCCGGUGGUAUGCCUGGUGGUAUGCCAGGGGGAUUCCCCGGUGGUAUGUCUGGUGGUAUGCCAGGUGGUAUGCCAGGUGGUAUGCCAGGUGGUAUGCCAGGGGGAUUCCCCGGUGGUAUGCCGGGUGGCAUGGGAGGUGGCAUGCCUGAUAUCGGUGGCAUCAUGUCCGACCCUGAGAUUAUUACUGCCUUGCAGGAUCCGGAAGUCCAAGAAGCCUUUGCAGAGAUCAGCAGCGACCCUUCAAACAUUGCCAAGUAUAAAGACAAUCCUAAGAUCACCAGACUCAUUGCUAAGAUGCAAUCAAAGGUUCCAAGAGGACCGGGUGGUCCUGGAGCAGGAGGGCCUGGACCUGCAGGUGGACCCCCACCAUCAACCCCACCCUCCUCCGGAGGAGCUCAAGGAGAACCAUCAGCACCAGGAGCUAGCACUCAAGAUAUUGAUUGAGGUCUCACUGAUUCCUCAUACAUUUAAUUUGCCCUAAGUUAGCAAAAGGAAUUGACAUGGAAUUAAUUGUUAGAGUAAUAUUCAUUUGUCCUUUACAAAAUGCAAUACUAAAAUGUUUCGCCUAGCAAACAUUCAUCUCUGGUUGUGAUAAAAUUUAGCAUGACAAGUGAGCACUCUGCAUGAAUUGUGAAAAUAUAAAUGACCUAAUUUUGUUGGCAUGUCACUCUUUUCCUUUUGCUUAUGUAGGGCAGUGUAUAUAUCAAGUUCUUUUGGAAGUUGAUUAUGUUUUAAGAAACACCUUUCCAUAAUAUAACAUUCAGAUAAUGCAAGAAUAUGUUUGUUACAUGUGAUGGAACUUUUUGAAGUGAUUCUUGUUAUUAUGUCGUCACACUUAAUCUAGGAGAGAAACACAUAUAGUUUUCUUCCUUUAUAAUGUACCAUAAUUGAAAUAGACCAACAAGGAAAGUGGUCUUUGGAAUGUGGAUUAUGUGCAUUUUAAUUCUUUACUGGUCUAGAAGGAAACGAUUUGGAUCACUGAGACCAAAAUUCUUUCAUUUUUUUUUACUGGAAAAACUGCUUGUAUGGUUAUGCCCUAUUAAUGUUUGUGAGUUGUAGAAAUUUAUGACUUUGUUUAUAUCCAUAUAAAUGUAGCAGAUAUCGGGGUCAACAGUUUUUUGUUCAAGGACUUAUCUAAUUCCAAAACAAUGUUUAAUUGAUAGCAAUUCAUAUACUAUAAAAGAUUUAAAAUUUGUUAUGCUGCCAUGCAUUAUACAAUAAUUAUCAUUUAUGCAACAUUUUGUUUGCCAUAACCUGAUGGAAUUCCUGUUGACUUUUCUCUUCUGGGGAAAAAAUGUACCAAUUCCUAAUUGUCCAUUGUGAGCAGAUAGGAGUCCCCACCGAACUCACAAGGAAAAAAUUAAUUUGGAGCGCCCCCCCUCCCUCUUUAAUGGCAAAGGCUUACUUACACUGCUUCUUGGUGGAGUCGCUAUAACAUUGUUUCUAUCAUAUCAGGUACACUGUGCAAGAUACUAGCCACCCAACAAUAAGUGCCAAUGAAGAAGCUCUGUUAAUAGCCAAAAUUUGGUAUUCUAAAAACAUAAUUAGGUUAUUACAGUAAUUAAUCAUAUCUGAGAAUUUUCUUUACAAUUGUUAAAAUUUCAAGUUGUAGAAGUUCAAGUAAAAAGUUUCCUGGACACCAGUUUUUGCGGACUGAUUUGAAAAUACACUGAUAUUGCACACGUGCUUGAGUGAACCCCAAACUUCAAACAUUUUUUUCUCUAAAUCUUUGAAGCUCUGUGUUAACUUCUUCUGUAUUCAAUCAAGUACUUGCCAAGUCAUGAAUCAUGAAUCAUUAAAGCUUAGGGGCGACUGGUCACAAAUGUAUCUUAGUGACCAUGUUUACUCAAAAUCUUAAAUUCAUCAUGAAAGCAGAUUGAUUGGCAUCAAUAAUCAUGACGCAAUUUUCAAGGGUGUAUCUUAAAGCCCAUGUAUACCUUUGAAUAAGGAAAUGUAUUUGAUUAACAUGUUUUAAUUGUGGAAGCAGAAUUAUUGAUCUUGUAAAGAUACAAGUUUCCUUUCCCAUUUUAUGGCUGCUAUCUAUUGAUGUUGAAUUUAUGUUUUUGUGACGGUUGUCUUCUGUAUUUAAUCAGAAUAGAAAGACAUCUUUUGUUGUUUGGUACAGAUAAUCUAGAGUGUCUAACAUUUUGAAAUGUCUGUUUUUUAGUAACUUCAAAAGUCCCUUUUGAUAUAUGCAAGAUAAUUCUUGUUGAAUUCUUUUAUUGAUUUUUAGGCACAUAAACAAAACAAUGCCUGAUUAUUGUUCGAUACACACUUGUAUUAGCUCACUCCUCAAAUAAAAUGUGAAAAUCUGAUUAUUGUAAUAGUGUAAAUAAAUUCUUCUCUCCAUUUACAUGCUACUAUUUUCUUCUCUAAACCGCUUUUGAAAUUACUGAAAUAGAACAAAAUAUAAUAUUCAAACAAGUUUCUUUAUUGCCUGCAAGAAUAAGCUAAUUCAAACCAAUGCUUCUACCAGAACAUACACAAACGUCAUGAUAUAUUACAUCAAUUCCCCUUUUAAAUCUUUAUUUCUUCCAACAGAAAUAUACUAUUAUAUAACCCACAUACCAUGUGGAUAUAUUUCUCUCUCUAUUCCUCUGUAUGUUGUUGAAUACUCAAAACUGCAAACUCUGUACAAUUGUUAGUUUACCAUGUUCUCUCAUAUGUACAACAAUAAAAUAAGCAGUGAUUUUUGUACAAUUUUAAGACCUCUCAUAAACUGUUGAUGAUUUGGGGUCGAGGUUUAUCCCAAAUGAUUCAUAAUACAUGGAUGCAUGAAAAGCACAUUACAUAGGCAUCACACGUCACCACAAUGCUAGUAGCCCUUGGUCUAAAAAUUGUUUCAAUUGCUUACAUUCCAUUUCAACUAUUAAUUACUGUUCACAUAACAGUAUCUUAAAGCAAAAUUAUACAUAUACACAUCAGCCUGGCUCAUUUUGCUUGGUUCAGACCGGCAAUAUCCUAUUUACCCCACCCUCCAAAAACUGAGGGGGAUAGUCAAUAUGUCGCUAUGGAGACAACACAUGAGGGCGCUAUGCAUGAAAUAUUGGGAAAGCAAGUUAAAGGACAAGUCCACCCCAAAAAAAGUUGAUGUGAAUAAAAGAGAAAAAUCCAACAAGCAUAACCCUGAAAAUUUCACAAAAUAGUUAUAUGCACAUCCUGGUCGGUAUGCAAAUGAGGGAACUGAUGACAUCACUAUUUCUUUUGUAUUUUAUUAUAUGAUUAAUUUUCUGUUCAUUGUCCUGUGAAACAUUACUCUCUGAACAUGUGCAAUUACCAUUUGAAUGUGUGCAUAUAACAAUUUUGUGAGAAAAACUUUAAACGUCAUAACUUAUUUUACAACCGUUUUUGAUGGAAAUUUUCAGCAUUAUGCUUAUCUGAUUUUUCUCUAUUGAUUCAAAUAAACAUGUUUCUGAGAUGGACUAGACCUUUACAUGAGACUGAACUAGCAUAACGAGUAGGUACAUCCUAAUGAUUGACGUAUAUCAUUUGAAUCCAAAACAACAAUUUCGUCAUUUUGAUUUGAAAUUCACUAGAAUAGUGAUCUUUGUUUGUCAACAAAACCAUGAUGCUUAUGGAUGUAGAUAUAUGAAAGCCAAAAGGGUAUACAUAUGAUUUCAUUAACCUCUUUUGCAGUGCAUUUGAAUAAAAUAUACAUUUUUAGUGGAUUUAGGCCAAAGCACUUAAGAGCACUGAUGAAUUAUGUACGAGUGCAAAUCGAUUUUGGCCAAUGUUUAUCAAGUCUGUAAUCAUAAUUUUUCACAAGAAAAUUACCAACCAAUUUGUUCCUCUCAAUUUAGGGUACAAUAGCACACUUUUAUGUUAGCUAACAAUGCCCAGAUAGUCUUGUGCUUCCUCUUCAGUUUCUGUUAUAUACAUUUAAAGAGAAUGUGUAAUCUACAAUGUGUAUGACAGAUGUAGCUUGAAGUGGAUUAUCAAACUUAUUCCACUACAAAAUAUGUGGUAAAAAACUGUUGUUUAUGUACAGAUCUAAAAUCAGGAAAAACAUACAUAUAUUUCUAUAACAAAA